GGAACGUUUGUUGUACUUCAACCCGCACUUUGAAUGUUGACUUAGAAUAUGUUUACUUUGGGUCAUAGACUUCAACAUUCUCCAAACCAGCUGGGGAUUGAACCAACAACCUCAAAAUGUGACAUUUGUGAUCUACCUCGCUGAGCUACUCAGCCUGACGUUCAUUAGUUAUUCGGAACUUCUACUUCUUCUGGUUCACAAAAAGCUCAAGCUCAAACAACUCUGAUGAUACAUGAUGUCUUUCAUCUGGGUGUUGACUGCAGGCACUGCCUGGGCUUUGACUGGCUGAAGCUGUUAGAUGAUGGACAGGAAGAUCUAAGGAAGAGGGAUCAAAGUUUGAAAUUUUUAUGAGGAAGAAGAAGUAGAAGUUCCGAAAAGUUUGCAAUUGUCUGGCUGAGUAGCUCAGUGAGGUAGAUGUCAGAUUUGAAGUUUUGAGAUUGUUGGUUCAAUGCCCAACUUCUUUAGAGACAUUUGAAGUCUAUGAACCAAAGUAUACAGUCAAUAUUUGAAGGAAAUAGAAGGUGGACUUAAUAUCAAUGAACUCAGACUGUUAAGUGUUAGUUCUGAAACUUUGAAGUGUUUGUCCAUCUUGAAUAUUGACUGUUUACUUUGGGUCAUAGACUUCAACAUUCUCCAAACCAGCUGGGGAUUGAACCAACAACCUCAAAAUGUCAAGUGUGUGAUCUACCUCGCUGAGCUACUCAGCCAAACAAUCAAAAGUCAUUCGGAACUUCUAGUUCUACCUCUACCUCUUCACAAAAAGCUCAAGCUUAAACAACUCUGAUGAUACAUGGUGUCUUACAUCUGGGUGUUGACUGCAGACACUGCCUGAGCUUUGACUGGCUAAAGCUGUUAGAUGAUGGACAGGAAGAUCUGAGGAAGAGGGAUCAAAGUUUGAGAAUUGUGAGGAAGAAGUAAAGAAAAAAAAUCUUGGAAGAUAAUGACCCAUAGUAUAGAGUCAAUAUUGGAAGGAAAUAGAAGGUGUAUCUCUGAUCAAUUAGCUCAGAUUGUUGGUUCUGAAACUUAGAAGGUACAAAUUGGAGUAAUGACUUUUAAAUGUGGAUAUUCUCAGUAGUUCACUAGACUACUGAGACUUCACCCCUGUAGACUCAUCCUUGGUAUGUCCCAAGUCACCCCGCCCCCUUUCCCCCAUACGUUCCAUUGGAAUCCUCCACUUCCGGUUUGCCAGUCGUCACUUCCGCCAGGAGCCGGCGAACCCGGAACAAAUAUUCGUGCACAUGAUCUAUGGACCCCCUGACCCCCUCAAUCCUCAGUUCAUCCGUCUUUACCAAUUGUCCUGUCCAUCAUCUAACAGCUUGAGCCAAUCAAAGCUCAGUCAGGGUCGGCAGUAACUCGAAGAGCCUAAACCGGCAGCAGCACGCAUCACAACACUGGACGGCUUCAUUGGAGGGGAAAACUCAUGUUGACAUGUCCACACCCCCGAACCUUCCACAGUGGAGCUGUGAGAUUUGUUUAUGAGUCGACUCUUGGCCACAACAAACAUGGAGACACACACGAGGAUCAAGGGGAAAAAUAACAAUAAUUUAUUCCAAAAAACAUAAUGUAAUUUAACUUUGAAGUGUUGUUGAUGCAGCUCAAGAAAUACUUGACAUUUAAAAGAAUAAAUCAUAAGCUGUUUUUGCAAAUAGAACAAUUAAGUGGUGCUUUUAUGAUAAAUUUUUUCCAACAUGGCUGUGACCUACUGGAAGCUCAAGAGAGAUCAGCUCUCAGUCUUGAAGUCAGUGUUCUUGUCCAUUGUGCCACACCAGCCAUAGCAAUGCUGUUCAUGGUCUUCCCUUUCUACCUCUAUUGAAGGAAAGUUGGUAUUGCAUACAGAAUCCUUUCAACCUUCUCAAGACUUGAUACCAGAUUGACUUGCUCCCAAGGUCAGUGUCCUUUUCCACUGUGUCACACAUCCGUGAGUCAGUUUUGCUCCUCUUCUGUAAGUCGGUCUUGAACCCUUGAACUACUGAUACAAAGUCAGUGUUCUUGUCCAUUGUGCCCCACCAUUCGUCUCCUUCGAUUUAUACUUCAGUUGGCCCUCGAUGAGUUACUAAGUAUGACAUCUACUCUAUAGGCCUUACUAUGGUUUGUUGUUUUUGUGGACUGAAGAACUGAACUGAAGAGACAGCUAUUUAAAUGAAUUACAAUUUAAAAAAAAAACAUGAUACAACACCACGUUGGUUAAAGUUGACUUAAGUGGAAGUUCUUCCAAAGCUCCACAUGCUGUACCUUGUCUUGUUGUACUUCAUCAAUCUGUAGCUGUAACUACAGACCGACUACAUCCAUCGACUACAGACAAUGGAUGUGCCCGAGGUGGUUAUUGAACACUCCACCUCCUGAACCAAGAUGUUUCUGCUGAUGUAUUUCUGAAGCUAUUCGGAGAACACUUCUUUCAGUUCUGUAAGCAAGCGGGAUACGACACCAUGCUGAGGACACUGGGAGGAAAUCUGAUAGAAUUUAUUGAGAAUCUGGACGCUCUCCACAGUUACCUGGCUCUGUCCUAUCAGGAAAUGAAUGCUCCGUCUUUCCGAGUUGAGAUGACAGGAGACGGGAAGAUGCUUCUUCACUACUACUCUGACAGGAAGGGCCUGCACCAUAUUGUACCUGGCAUCAUGGAGGCGGUUGCCAGAGAGCUUUUUGACAGCAAAGUGACCAUGGUGGUUCUAAACCAAUCAGAGGAAGACGAGAGGACAGGGAAGAAGGAGCAUGUGGUGUUUCUGGUCAAACAGACCAACCAAGCUGGCAAGCCUACAGACCAGGUCGUCCCCAGUCAAAGAGGGGGGGCCCUUUUCAGAAGAAUGAGGGACAGAUGUAUGUCACUGGCCGGGAAGAAAAGGGGCUGGGAGCUGAUCAGAGCUCUGGUUCUCUCAGAAAACGGAAGCCACCAGUGCACCUUAAGUCCAUUUUACCCAGACAAGCUGUGGAUGGACGAGAAAGCUUUCUGCAACGCAUUUCCCUUCCAUAUAGUCUUUGAUGAAGAUCUGAAGAUCAGGCAGACAGGGGUGAACCUACAGAAGUUUGUUCCAGGUCUUCAUGCCAGACAUGCUACAUUGGACCAAUACUUCAUCAUUACACACCCACAGGUAACUUUUACCAUCGAGAGCAUCAAGAAGUUCAUCAACAGUCAGUUUGUUUUGAAGACCUUCAAAGACAAAUACUCCACCCUCAAACUAAGAGGUCAGAUGCUGUGGAUCGAUUCACUUGGCUGUAUGUUGUACCUAUGUUCUCCAAAACUAAGGAGCCUCCAGGAACUUCAAGAUGUCGGCCUGCACCUGGCUGACCUGGCCCAGCAUGACGUCACCAGAGACCUGGUUCUUCUCAACCAGCAGCGUCUAGCUGAGAUGGAGUUGACCAACCAGUUGGAGAGGAAAAAAGAGGAAUUGAGAAUCCUCUCGCGGCACCUAGAAGCGGAAAAAGAGAAGACGGAGACUCUGCUGUAUGCCAUGCUUCCACGUCACGUAGCCAAUCAGCUCAAAGACGGCAAGAGCGUAGAGGCAGGGGAGUUUGAGGUGUGCACUAUUUUAUUCAGUGACGUCGUCACCUUUACAAACAUCUGUGCUGCCUGCGAGCCCAUCCGUAUCGUUCACAUGCUCAACUGCAUGUACUCCAAGUUCGACCGACUCACAAGUAUACACGAUGUGUACAAGGUUGAGACUAUUGGUGAUGCAUACAUGGUGGUGGGCGGCGUUCCAGUCCCUACAGACACUCACGCUCACAGAGUGGCAAACUUCGCUCUGGGUAUGAGGAUCGCAGCCAGAGAGGUCACCAACCCUGUAACAGGCAAACCCAUACAGAUCCGUGUGGGCCUCCACACCGGCCCCGUGUUGGCUGGGGUGGUGGGGGAGAAGAUGCCUCGCUACUGCCUGUUUGGGGACACCGUUAACACGGCCUCCAGAAUGGAGAGUCAUGGACUACCUGACCACAUUCACCUCAGCUCUUCCACGUACAGUGAGCUCACUGAUGCAGGGUUUAACAUACAACAACGAGGGCAGAUUGAGGUGAAGGGUAAAGGCCAGAUGACUACCUACUUCCUGCUGGGGAACCUGUUGGUGUCAGAAGACAGAAUCAUGGGAAGAGAGGAUGGAAAGACGUGUCUUUAUAGGGAGGAACUUCACAGCCAGAGCAAAACAGUUCUACCGACCGGAGCGCCUCAAAGAUCCGCAUUGCAAAUGGAUGGGAGAACCGAGGGUGAACGGAGAGACACGCCUGCAGACGGAAUCAGCGCACCACACACAACCACCCCCUUUGCCUGGGACAUUAGCCCCCCAUAUGUGCCCGAUGUGAAAGGCACCAACGCACCUGACAAUGACUUAAACAGCAGACUCUGUGUCUUACUCUGACAAGGAUCACUGGACUCAUUUGUUGUGUGAAGAUCACAGAUCUCUAACCUGCAGGGAUAGGCUCCAUAGUUAAAGCAGUUUAUGAAUCUAAAUCUAUGAAAUGGGACAAACAGGCUUUCAAGUUUAUACAUUUUAGUCGUCAGUGUUGAGGAAUUUGGAGACAAUAGUUCAUUGUUAGAAUGUGGUAUGUUGUUCUAUUUCUGUCCCUGUUUAUUAGCAUUAAUUUGACAGUGUUAUUCAAGAGAUGGUCAGAUCAGUCCAGGGUCAUUGUUGAAGGCACUCCCUCAUUUACACUUUCAAAUAUCCUGUAUGCAGAAAAAAUCCAUAAGUGAUUUAACUACGCAGCAACAGUAAAUCUGGUAAUUAAUGUACAGAAGUACAUACAUACAACAGCACUGGAAAGACAUCCUGAUAAAAACUGUCAGAAUCAUUUCCAUUUAAACAUUUGGCAGAUGGUGUACAUGUUUGUAUGAGGAAAAUGAGAAACCAUGAUGUUGUGCAUCAGGUCGGGGAAAGCCUCGUUUCAGCGACUCGUGGGUUUUAAAGUGAAAGAAUUCGCUUCGGUUCUGUGUUUCACUCUCGCAUAUACUUCACCUGCCCAGCAGCCCUGCUGACAGAGAGGGGGCAGAAGAUGAUCGUCAGAGCGCUGCUUUAUUAGUGUGCAAUUUUAGAAAUGACUUAAAAUGGCAUAUGAGCAUAUGAGUAGUGUGGGUGCACACGCACACACACACACACAGUUUUUUUUCUCUCCACAGUCUCAGAGCUGCUCAUUGUGGGAACUGUUGGGUUUCCCAUGUAACAUUGUGAGGUCUCAACCUCACUAUGUAAAGUGCCUUGCGAUGAUGCAUGUUGUGAUUUGGCGCUAUACAAAUAAAAUUGAAUUAAUCAAAGUCAAGAACACAGAAUUAAGCUGAGUCUCUCAUACCACCUGAGGGUCAGUUACCCUCAUCAUCUGGCCUUCAUUGGGCUCCGCAAAA